AGAAGAAGAGUAAGCGGAGCCGGAAGGACAGAGUCUGACAGAAGGACGCAGCUGUGCCUUGCGGAACUGUGGUGAGCUAGCCCAGGAAAGAUGCUGACCAAUAUCUCCAAUGUGCUGAGAGCUUGCGCUCCUAGAAAUGGUGCUGCAAUGGUCAUGUCAGCACGCACAUAUGCUGACUUCACAAGCCAGGCUACCUUUGAAAUAAAGAAAUGUGAUAUCCACAAGUUGGAUGAGGCCCCGGCCACUCAGGUGGUUAUGACUCGUGACGAGGGUCUGCAGUACUAUCGCACCAUGCAGACAAUGAGGCGUAUGGAGCUGAAGGCAGAUCAGCUGUAUAAGCAGAAGAUCAUCAGAGGAUUUUGCCACUUGUAUGAUGGCCAGGAAGCUUGCGCAGUUGGUAUUGAAGCAGCAAUUAAUUUGACAGACCACCUGAUCACUGCGUACCGCGCCCACGGCUACACUUACACGAGAGGGGGGACCGUGAAGGAGAUCAUGGCUGAGCUCACCGGGAGAAAAGGAGGUAUUGCAAAGGGCAAAGGAGGGUCUAUGCACAUGUACUGCAAAAAUUUCUACGGAGGAAACGGAAUUGUUGGAGCUCAGGUUCCCCUUGGUGCUGGCUUGGCUCUGGCCUGCAAAUAUCAGGGCAACAAGGAACUGUGUGUCUGUCUCUACGGUGACGGUGCUGCCAACCAGGGUCAGAUCUUUGAAACCUACAAUAUGGCAGCACUUUGGAAGUUGCCCAUCAUCUUUAUCUGUGAGAACAACAGGUAUGGCAUGGGCACGUCAGUGGAGCGAGCUGCAGCCAGCACAGACUACUUCAAGAGAGGAGACUUCAUUCCUGGUCUCCGGGUGGAUGGGAUGGAUAUCCUGUGUGUUCGGGAAGCAACCAGGUUUGCAGCUGAUCACUGCCGAUCUGGAAAGGGUCCCAUUCUCAUGGAACUUCAGACAUACCGCUAUCACGGACACAGUAUGAGUGAUCCUGGUGUCAGCUACCGCACACGUGAGGAGAUCCAGGAGGUCCGCAGUAAGAGCGACCCCAUCUCCCUGCUUAAGGACCGCAUGCUCAGCAACAACAUGGCCAGCGUGGAGGAGCUCAAGGAGAUUGAUGUAGAGGUGAGGAAGGAAAUUGAAGAUGCUGCUCAGUUUGCCACCACAGAUCCUGAACCCCCACUGGAAGAAUUGUGCAACCACAUCUUUUACAACAACCCACCAGUGGAGGUCCGCGGCACGAACCCAUGGGCCAAGCUGAAGUCUGUUAGCUAAAGUUUUUUUCAUCCCUUCUUUUCAUCCUGUCAUCCACCCUAUAAUAUAUUGACCUCCCUACCCCUCACACAUCAUAUAAAGUUCCAUAAACUAGUGCCUCAGACCAAGAGCUUAAAGCACCAACAAGCAAUUCAAUUUCAGAGCUUUUUAUUUUAACAACAGGGGCCAUAUUCACAAAGAUGUUCUGAGAAUUAAAAUAACAGAUAUUGACAAGAACACUUAUUGGUUAAAACCUUUUUAAAGUGCUAAUUGUCUUGUUAGUCCCUCCUCUUUACAUUACUCCUUCGCAUGUCUGCAAACAGACACAGUCAAGGAUAUCAGGGCUCAUUAUUCUACCCUUCAGAAAAGCCAUUUACUGCCAAAGUUGAAAUGCUUCCAGCUUCCAUGGUCUUGGAAGUUAUCAUAGCUACAUAAGUUAUUACAAAAAUCAAUAUAGACACAAAGCCUUACAGAGGGAAAUGUAAAUCAGACGGACACGGCAGUAAGUUAAUCUUCAGAUAGUUUUGGUGUUCAAAACAACCUCAAGUGCCAUUUCUUUGUCUCAGUGUUCCCACAGUCUCAUGAAAUUCUGUCCCAUAUAUAUUUUUCAUAAGAAUAUUGAACUAUGAGUGAACUCACCAGAUUGUUGAGCUUUCAUUUUAUGUUUAGUAAUUAAAAUCACCAUCCGUGACAUUGGUGUGUUGUUUAAAGUCUUCAUCUCAUGUAUGCAGUACAUGCAUUAAAAGUUAUAAAGGAAUUUUAGAGGGAAAUUACUUAGGCUACUGUAUUUAAAUCAUAUCGGGGUCUCUGAACAUUAAGCACUUAGCAUUGUAUAACUUCAGAAGGUUUUGUAAAUCUGGCCCCAAGCGAAUAUUUUAAGCAGGAUCUAAAUUUACUUGUUUGAUGUUGAUCUCGGGUCAUUUUUGAGGUGUAAUUAAGCAAAUGUCUAUCCAUCCCAGUUCAUCUCAAGAAGAGACUGUCUGACCUGUAAAAAUGGCUUUAUACCCUUCAUACUUAAGUCUACAUGAUAAAUAAUUCAAUUUGAGUUAAUCAGCUCUUGUCUUCUUAUUUUUAUUUAACCCCUUGUUACAAAGACAACAUGAAAGGCAGCAGGCUAAAGACUGUUGUUACUAUCAACAUUCUUGAUAUGUCUCCAUAUUUUUUUUUUUCUGAGUACUGUAAGUAAUGGAGAGUAUAGAUUACCAAGAGAAAGGUUUGAAAUAUUUUAAGUUAUAGAAUGACCCUUAGCAGGGGCCAUGAAUAGAAUAACCCUGCUAAGGGUCAAAAGGUUAACAGACUAAAUAUGUACACUAAAAAUGACCACAAUCUUAACCAGUGGUGAAUGUAAACAUUGUGACUCCCGGUCACUUCUAGUCUUCACUAUUCCGGUUUUCCAAAUCUAGGAGUGAUGAAGGUUAAGUAUAAUUGGUUCAGUUAUUAAUGCAUCUGUAGCAUUAUGUGCCGCUUGUAUGUUUCACUCCGAAGCUGUUUUUUGAUAUAUAAACACAUCAGGAGUGGCACAGUAUUGGCUCAUAUGUGCAGGGAUACAUGGACAUUUUAAAUUUCAGUCUUUUUUUUUUUUUUUUUUGUCUUAUCAAGUUCUCAAACCUGUGACAAAACUGACAUCUCAGGUAGCAAAAUAAAAACAACCUGCAUAUCAGCAUGUACUGUUAGCAGCAAGUUACCAUGUUAGUUUUCACUCAAUAUUAUCAUUCAUAAACUUUGUAACAAUCCUUGUAGCCUUUUAAAGGGCACCAGAAGGGAAGCGUCUUUUCUCUGUAAUGUGAAAAGUAUUUAUAAGAAGACAGACUAAAACUUAAAAUGUCAUUACCUGUCUUUAUACAACUGAAAAAGCCUACGGUGUGAGUAUUUGUUGUUAACUGUUACAUGGAGUUUGGGAUAUGGCACAAGGAAACGCUACAUGGAAACAUUGUUUUUUUUGUGUGAACCACUGUAAUUAAAGUAUUUGAUUAAUCCACAUUGUGUAUAUAUAAAGCUGAUGGGCAAAUAGUCCACAAAUUCAAAAAGUAAUUCAAUGAAUAGUGGUCAAUGCUCAUCACUUUUUCAGGAAACUAAUUGGUUUAUAAAUGCAAUAGGGCAUGGCUUACAACUCCAUACAUUUUCUUUUUCUUGGUUGCACCCUUGCCCUUUUGUGAUCUCUGAAUAUUUGCAUUUUUCUGUUUUAUUUUUCAUUGCUGCUGAUGCAAGCCAAGGUUCUUAUGGCUCAGUGAAGAUAUUAAGCCCCGUGUCAAGUAACUUCAAUAAAAUAAUAAAGACACCAGUCAUGCUUAUAUAGUCAAA